UGAUCUUGCUAGCUUUUCUAUGAUUCAUGAUGGUUGCAAGGUGGAUUUUGGGGUACCUAUUGAAGUUUGCAGGGCUUCUUGGGCUCUACGUGUUACGUAUCUAACAUCCAGCCUUUCAAUGUACCUUUAUCUUGAGCUGAUUGAUGCCUUAGUUUAUUCCAGAAAACCUAUAUUAGGUUAUUUGUCUCUUGAAGUAUACGGCAUUUUCUUGGUUUUGCAAAUUAAUGGUUACCGAUGGAAAUAAGUUUCUCAGUUCUUCAAGUAUUGCCCUAGAGUUUUAGGGUUUAAGAGUUUUGAAUGAGAUUUUGCAGAAAACCAGUUAGUGUUCCUGACAAAAAUUCACAUUGAUUUGUCGACAAGUAUUUCAUUGAUUUGCUACAGACAUGUUGCUUAUAUGAGGCUAGGCAUAUAAACUUGUCCUUGUUUACAUUUGGGAUAAGGUUUCUAUAAAUGAAUCAAGUUUCAGAUUUAAACUGAGUGGGCUUUUUCAGAAGAAAUAACUAUUAGCAAAACCUCCAUUAGACAAGAGUCGUUAAAAGAAUUCUUCAAAGCUCACCGUGAUAAUAAAUUUAAUUGUCUUUGCCAAUAAAGCAAAAUUUAAGUUUUUGAGUGCUGCAAAUGAAACAACUUUUCAGCUGGUGAGAUUAGAAGAGUAUUUCAUUGUCAACAAUGGAGAAUUUCAAAUAUCAAACAAGCUUUCAGUAUGGUCAUGGUCAAUGAGCCUGUUCUCAUGUUUUUGUGAUUUUACUAAUGUCAGAGACACAUGGAACAGAGCAGAAAAGGGUGGCAGGGUUGGAUCAUGUAUGUAAUACCUGGGCCUUAAAAAAUAAUUAACUGGGCUUAUAUUAAACAUUGGGCCAGAAUAUGUAAUAGGCCAACUGAAGCCCAUGGUUGGCAGUCUAUUUGAUGGCUGCCACCUCUGGGGAUGGAGGUGACAAGGGCCAAUCAGAGGAGGGCGCCCUUCACGGGAGAAGCUGGGGGUGACACCUCACCUCAGUGGUUGCACCGCUUAAGGAUGCUUAAUUAAACCCUUUUACCGUAUCUGGUUCUCCCUCAGAACCUCAGGAACCCGUCAACCGGCGAGGGAGGUGUUGGAGCGGGGGCACCGGAGCACGGGAUACUGCAGCCUCUUUCGGAAUCAAGGCGAUCAAAGAGCCAAUUAGCAAGUUUAAAGGGAUUUUUGAACAAAUUAAAGGAUCACCGUCAGUGAUAGCGGCAAGAGACACUUUUUGCAUCAGGGUUUCAUUUUGGGGUAGUCGUAAACAAUAUGGAGGAUGAAAGAGAAAUGAGAGCACCUUCUCCAGACCCUAGCAGCCAAUUAACUACACCAACUACUCCACACUCCAUAGCAACCCAGGCAGACCUAGCAGGAGUGUACCAGUUAAUAGCACAGCUGCUUCAGCAACAGCAGCAGAUGCAGUUGACUGCCCGACCUAUACAGCCGACGGAUUCCUAUUACGAGAGGUUCUGUAGGCUGAACCCACCGAUGUUUGACGGUGGAUUAGACCCUUUGACUGCUGAGAUUUGGAUCUGGAAAAUGGAGAAGAUGUAUCAGGCACUUCAAUUUCCUGAAGAAGUACAAGUCAGACUAGCUAUUCCUAUGUUGAGGGGAAAUGCAGAAUUUUGGUGGUCAGCCAUGGGGGCAGCAUAUGAGGUCAACGAAAUGACCUGGAGAGAGUUUAAAGGGUUAUUUUAUGCUCAAUACAUUCCGGACUCAGUCAAGCAGACAAAGCAGAAUGAGUUUUUAUCACUGACUCAGUCCGAGCAUAUGACUGUUUUGGAUUACGCCAACAAGUUCAAUGAGCUGGGCCGAUUCUGCCCCCAGUUCAUGGAGGACGAGAGGAGUAAGGCUAACCGGUUCGAACAAGGGCUGAGAUAUGAGAUCAGGUCCCGGACAUCCUCACAUUUAUUCACCAGUUACCAGGAUAUUUUGGACAGAGCCCUGAAAGUGGAGGCUGAAUUAAAAAGAUCUGAUAGGGAAAGGGCUGACCUGAAGAGACCCUGGCUAGCGGGGAGUCAGAGUGGUAGGCCAAGAAACUUCAGGGGCCCUCUGAUUCAGAAGAGGCAUAUCAGGGUUUGCACUUACUGUGGCAAAUCCCAUAGUGGGCCCUGUUUAAGGAGAGUUGGGGCAUGUUUUAGUUGCAGGCAGAUUGGACACUUGGCACGCGACUGCCCAAACAAGAGGAUGAAUGAGCCCCGACCUCCUGUACUUGGGGACCAGAGGCCAAGGAUCAAUCCUCGAGUCUUUGCACUGACCCAUCAGGAUGUCAGUGCCAGUGACCAGAUGGUGAUAGAUCACCGUCAGUGAUAGCGGCAGGAAAUACUUUUUGCAACAGGGUUUCAUUUUGGGCAGGGAAAGAUUUCUAGGUGAGGGCCCUUCCACAGUGAGAACUCAUGCCACAACAACAGUGAUAUGAUCGUAUAGAGACAGACAAGAGCAAACCAGUCGGAGCAGAGUAGAAGUUCGAGUGCGGAACAACAUGGUGCCGGAGGAUAAGAGCUGACAGAACCCGUCAUGCAAGGUUUGGCUCAACAGAUGGUGAGAGAAAUGUACCAAAAAUUGGAUGGUGAGAGAAGUCUACUGGUUUGAGUAUUUUGUUGAUGAUGGCAAACCAUCGACUUCCUUCCGUCAAAUUAAUUAUGUGCCAAGUAUAGCUGAAAACAGAUUCGACCAUGUCUGCUUUUGCAUCUGGUAUUCUCUGGAUUUAUGCAUAUGCAUGAAUCCAUCUAUCCUAAGCAUGGAUGUAGAUUGAAGUUCUUCCUGAAUCUAAUUAUGUAGAUAGAAGUUCUAUGUUCACAAGCACCUCUUGCAUUGUUGGAGAAGAUGGUUAUCAUCCCAAAAUUCAUAUCUUCAUUGAAUUAAAGCUUUA